AUGGCGAGUCUCCACCUCGUCCCUAUCCCCAUAGCGGUGACUCUCAUUGUCUUGACUGUCGCCAUCAUCCCACUCACUCCGGUCCUUUGGGUAUGGAUAACCGCCACCAACAUAUCCCGAAGCAUCCACCAAGGGCAAAAGCCGGCGCAAACCGCCAAAAGAAUAGGCCGCUGGAUCGGCCUCAGUAUCAUACUGCCAUGGGCCGCCAUCCUCGUUCUCUGGCUGAUGAUUGUGGCCCAAAUACUGUUGACGCCUCUGUUCUUCCUACACCAACUGCGCGAUCUCCGCGAGACCAUCACAUGGCUCUUCGACUACCUGGAUUUCGCCCACGGGCUCGAUAACCCCCCAACUCCCGCCUCCAACACCACACCCAUUGACAUUGCGUCCAUCCCACUCUACACUUUCACCCCGUUACCAUCCACUUCCCCCACCACCAUCCGCCUUCUCACCAUCCACCCCGACUCCCCAAACGCACCCCUCCGCGGCAUAGUCACCACAACCACCCUCUCCUCCGCCCCAAACUACGACGUCCUUUCCUACACCCGAGUGGCUACCAUUACCCCUACACACAACAACCCCACCCCCGACUCUACUAGCACUCUCCUCCUCAUAAAAACAACAACAACCGACCCCCCCACCGCUCCCACCUGGACACGCCACCCCCUCCCCGCCCCCCUGCGUCCACCGCCCUCCGCCGCCUGCGACACCCCGCACAACCCGCGCCGCGUGUGGGUCGACGCCGUGUCUGUCAACAGCGCCCGACACGGCCCGAGAAAUCGCCGGCAGGUGGCGGUUAUGGGACGAGAUUUACUGUGGAGCGCGGCGGGCUAG